UAGAUACCUCAGCGAUAUCGGUUACAAAAUACUCGAUCUCGCACACUUACUAACGAACUAAUAUCUCUUUCCCAUUCCUUGAGGAGAUGGUAGACCCCGAGGCCUCCUCCAUGAGCGACACCGAGAAGAGACAUGCUCUGAAAGAGCUUGAGGAGGCCCCAUUACCCUCCCGUGUACGAUCCCGCACGGAUUCAAGCAUUACGCCAAAUGACCAAGACGAAGAAAAGAACGAUGGUCAGAAGGAAGGAGAUGUUGAGCCUCAGCAUAUCAGUGUUGAAGACUGGAACGGGCCCAAUGACCCAGAAAAUCCCCACAACUGGCCUCUUUGGCUUCGGAUGUAUCAUUGCGUAACCCCUGGUCUUCUUGGUUUCGCCGUCACAUUUGGAACCUCAGUCUACACCCCGGCUCUUUCAGACAUCAUGAAUGACUUCCACGUCUCCCGGACCGCAGCCAUCGUUCCUCUCACAGUUUAUACUCUCGGCCUCGCCUUCGGGCCUGUAGUCUCCGCCCCGCUUUCCGAGACGUACGGGCGUAAGAUUGUCUACCUUAUCUCCUUCGCCGUAUUCAUGCUCUUCACUCUCGGAGCCGGGUUCUCGCAAAGCUUUGCUGCGCUGAUCGUGUGUCGGUUCUUCGCUGGCUUUACCGGAGGACCCGUUCUUGCGGUGGGAGGAGGUACCAACGCGGAUGUGUUUCCACCAAGGCAGAGAGCCAUUGUCACGUCUGUGUUUCUUAUGUCGCCCUUUGCGGGCCCCGCACUGGGGCCCUUCAUCGGUGGCUUUGCUGCCCAACACAAAGGGUGGCGUUGGACCCAGUGGUGCAUGCUCUUCAUAUCCGUGUUCACCUACAUAAUCGCCAUCCCAAUGAAGGAAACAUACAAGAAAAUCAUCUUGAAACGGCGAGCGAAGGAACUCGGAAUGAACCCUCUGGACCGCACUGUCACGGGUGCUUCAGCCGUUAAGUCAGCGUUCAUCCAAAACUUCCUUCGACCACUGCAUAUGCUAGUCACUGAACCGAUCGUGUUUUUCUUAUCGCUAUACACGGCCUUCGCCUUCGGUGUCCUGUUUAUCUUCUUUGCCGCUUUCCCCUACACCUUCCAACGACCGCCCUAUAACUUCACUAUUUCCCAAACCGGUCUAACAUUCCUGGCAAUUGGUCUCGGAGUUCUCAUAGCUGGUAUCACGGGUAUCUUUGUUGACCGCAAACUAUAUCAACACCAAUUCAGACAAGCACUCGAAAGAGGAGAGUCGCACGCACUGCCAGAGCAUAGGCUUUAUAGCUCCAUGAUUGGUAGCUUCGGGCUCCCUAUUGGGCUUUUUUGGUUUGCGUGGUCCGCGGAUAGGGGGUGUCACUGGGCAGUGCCGGUUGUGGCAGCUAUCCCGUUUGCGUGGGGGAAUUUGUGUAUUUUCAUAUCCUCAGCUCUAUAUAUCGUCGACGUUUAUGGCCCUCAGAACGGUGCAUCCGCGGUUGCUGCAAAUGGUAUCUUCAGAUACACUCUGGGUGCUGUCUUUCCUCUCUUUACGAUACAAAUGUACUCCGGUCUCGGAAUUGGCUGGGCCACCUCGCUCCUCGGCUUCAUCUCCGUCCUCAUGCUUCCAAUUCCCUGGGUAUUCUACGAAUGGGGCCCUGCGAUUCGCAAGAGAAGUCGGUAUCCCGUGAUGAUGUGAAAGAGUAUCAAGUCCAGUCGACGAGCUCGAGAGAAUUUAGGGGCUGAUGUUAGGUAAUAGAUCUUGAAUUUGAGUGUGGUAAUAUUUUGCGAAAGAAAUCGUUUGGCUUAGAAAGAG